UUUGUCUUCCUCCUGAAAAUGGAGAGGAAAAAGACGAAAAAGAUCAAGAAGGAUCCUCUGGAAGGAUGCACAGACCCUUUCCAGGACAUUGCCAUCAAGAUUGAAGAGCCAGAAGAUCCCCUGGCCUCGGAAAAGGAGGAGGAAUCCCUUAUCUCCGAUAUCAAGCUGGAGGUGACGCAAAUCGCGGCCGCUGACUAUUCGGACGAGGAGGACGUCGAUGUGCGGGUGGAGAAGAAGAAAAUCAAUCCGUGGAGGUACAAGUACAAGUGUCCUCACUGUGAUUCCAAGUUCACCUCGAAGCUGGACCACAGCCAGCACAUCUACCGCGUGCACGUGCGCGAGGGGGAUCACAGGUGCAAGCACUGCAAGAGCAAAUUCAAGUCCAUUCACAGCCUCAGGCGCCACGCGAGGCUGCACACUGGCGAGGAUCUGAGCCAGUGCGAGGUGUGCAAGAAGAUGUUCACCAGCGUGGGCAUUCUCAACACGCACAUGGCCACGGUGCACGCCAACGGCCGGCUGGGCAGGGAGAGGAAGACGUACUCGUGCCCGCACUGCACGAAGGUGAUCACGUCCAAGUACUCCUUCGAGAAACAUCUGACCGUGCACACCAACGAGCGUCCCUUCGCGUGCUCCCUCUGUCCCGGCACGUUCAAGCACAGGGACGGCCUGGAGAAGCACCAGGCCAUCCACACGAAGCCCUUCGUGUGCAAGGACUGCGGCAAGGGCUUCUCGGCCAACCACUGCCUGCUGCGCCACAUGAACAUCCAUCUGGAGAAGAAGCUCAAGUGUCCGUAUUGCGUAUACAAGUUCGCCCUGGCGGAGAAUCUGCGCACACACGUGGACCAGCGCCAUCCGGGGCUGCCGCACGAGCUGAUCGCCGGACCCGUGCGGUGCACAGUGUGCAAUGAGAUCUACGAGAACAUGGAGGUGUUGCUCUUCCACGUGAAGAUCCAUCCGGUGGUGAAGAACUUCGAGUGCCAUCUGUGCGGCCAGAAGUUCGUCACGAAGAAGUACUUGAUCAAGCACAUUGACUUUGUGCAUCUCCUCAAGCGCCAGAAGAAGCGCAAGCCGGCGCCGCCCAAGACGUGCUCGGAGUGCGGGAAGAAGUACACGAAUCCGACGGUGUUCAGGCGCCACAAGUGCGACACGACCGUGAAGCCCUUCCCGUGCACGCAGUGCCGCAAGUCGUUCACGCGCAAGACCACGCUGGAGCUGCACAGCAGCAUGCACAAGGAGAAGCGGCCGGAGUUCAGCUGUCCGGAGUGCCAGAUGGUGUUCCACUGGCGCGCCAGCGUGAGGCAGCACAUGCUGAAGAAGCACGGCAAGAACCUCGUGAAGGCCGAGACUGCCAAGGGGAUCAAAGUGGUCAGGCUUAGGAAGUGAUUCCAUGCUGUUUUAUUGGCAUCAAUAAAGAUCAAUAAAGAUUGUA